CUGCACCUGAGCUCCAGUCAGUUCCAGAACCUGACACGUGCUUGCUCUUCUUCUUAUCUCCAACUCUGGGCCUGUAUCAACCUGACAACAGCUCCCGCAGCAGCAAUAACUGAGCUGACACCAACAGUUAUGACUGAAGUGACAACCGAAGCUAACUACUACUGCUGCGACAGAGCUCAAGAAGGAGAUUGCAGGGAGACAUGCAAAACU